GGGGGAAAAUAUUAUCAGCGUUACGAAAUAAAACAAAAAGUAUAAGGAUGGAGACUUAAUAGCAAUCAUUUUUCAUACUGGUUACGUGUUAUCAACAGUUCCUCGCGUUGAAGAAAUUGUAACGGUAUUAUCUUAAAGUUGCAACACAGUUUAUUGUUUGGCAAGACAUAUAUAAAACAGUAUGGUGUGAUGGCAAUUUAAGCUGAUCAGACGAGAUUAGAGCGGGAAGGUAUAACCACAAGGUUAGCUAGAAACGUACUGAACAGGAGGGGGGAGAAAUGUAUGUUUAAAUAUACAUGACUUCAAGAGAGUAUAUGUGAACGGAGUUAUAUAAGUAAAUUAGUGUGCGUUUGUUUAUGGCUCUUCAUGAAUACUCCUCCGAAUUGGAUUUCUCCUUCCAACAGGACUAGUUUGGUCUUCACUAGAUCUUCAACCUCUAUCAUGGCCUAAGGACACUGUUGCGAUCUCCUUCUAGAAAUUUGACGAAAGUGAAACCCUUCGCAGAGAAUGGAUGUAAAAUGGACACUUAAAAUUUUGCAAACCUUUCUGUGCUGGAAUUUUUUUAUGACCGUCUUCAAAUGUAGAGGAACUGGGUAUUCAAGCAGCAGCACCGAGUUUUCCUACGAGGAUCGGGUGAUAAAGCACCUGCUCCGGAAGUAUGAGGAAAGGGGGAAAUUCGGACGGCCAGUACAGAACUACUCUGACAUCAUUAACGUGACCUUCGGCCUACAGUUAGUCCAGAUUAUGAAUUUGGAUGAGAGGAAGCAAAUUCUUACUCUUAACGUUUGGACGAAUUAUCAAUGGAAAGAUGUUCAUCUAAGAUGGAAUGUCACAGAGUUUCACGGAGUGAAGAAAAUCAACAUUCCUGCAACAGAAAUAUGGACUCCAGAUCUACGAUUAUACAAUUUUGCUGAUGAACGUCUCCAUGAAAGACGAGACUCACUCUGCAUCGUUGAUAGUUACGGGGGUGUAUCGUGGAUCCCACAAGCUGUAUUCAAGAGUUCGUGCGACAUUGACGUGAAAGCCUUUCCCUUCGAUAAACAAAGCUGUCACCUCAAAUUCGGAUCUUGGACUUACGACGGUUUACAACUAGACUUAUACUUCAAAAAUGAUAUAGAAGAGAUGGACAUGAGCGAGUUUCAGACAAGUAACGUCUGGCAUGUAAUUUCAGCCGUCGCAAAGCGAAAUGUGAAAACAUAUACUUGUUGUGCUGAGCCUUUUAUCGACUUAACAUUCUGGAUUACAAUUCGACGAAAGGCGACGUUUUAUGCCUACACGCUCAUUUUACCGUGUGUCUUGUUGACGUCACUGACGCUUAUUUUGUUCUGGAUCCCAGCAGAAUCUCCCGCCAAACUUACGCUGGGCAUGAGCACUUUUAUGGCGUUCUUUAUCUUACUGAUUAUCUUUGAGGCCAACCUACCGCCCGCUGCCACCUCCUUCCCGGUUAUAGGAAUGAGUAUAUUCAUGGCUUACUUCGUUCUGUUGUCCAUCUUCCAACGUAAUAUACCACCGUCUGAAACGUCCCCAGUUUUAGGUACCUAUUACUGUGUUAACAUGGUGUUGAUCACAAUGUCUUCAUUCCUAUGCGUUUUUGUUGUCAACAUGUCCGUCACCGGAACCAGGUACCCGGUGCACCUUCCCAAGACGCUUAAGAAGGUCAUGUUUUCGUAUAUCGCACGAGCGUUAUGCAUGGACAACAUUGUCAAACCUUUCAUGGAGGACGGUCACGUGACCUGCCCUACCACCUCCAGGCGCUACAUGGGUGUGAAUGGUGAUGGGAGCAAGUUUACCAAUGACUGGAAAGGGUCCAGUGAAACGCUGAUUACAGUUCAGAAAGACAGCUCUAACGAACUAGCCGUUAUUCAUACAAAAGUUAAUGAGAUUCGGAACUUUAUAAAACUUUAUAAAGAGAGGCUGGAAGAAAAAGAUAGAAAAGAAAAAAUAGCAAAGGAGUGGAAAGUCCUUGCGUUGAUUUUCGAUCGAAUUUUCUUUAUCAUUUAUAUUACGACAAUUAUUGUUUCGUUAAUGGUUGUGCUACCUAUUAUAUUUGACAGUGACAUCGAAGAAAAGUGAAUUAAAACCUUCACCUAAACAUCACGAAAUGCAAUAAUGGUUCUUCGCAAGCAAUCUCUCCCCAUCAUUUUAACCUGUUCUUAAAAUAUUGCAUUUGUUCUAAAAAUGUCAUACAUCGGAGUUACGUCAUCUGAGUCAUCAAAUGCUUCAUAAGGCUGUAAAUAUCAUCAUACCAAUAGUUAUUAUCACAGGAAAAACACAUAGUCAUGCUCAUCUAUUUCCUUUGACUCAUUUUGAUGUAUGUAUUAGGAAGACGUUUUCACAAAAAUAUGUCUGCUUUGCAUCCGUUUGAACAUAAGGAAAACUUAGAACUGAAAAUAAGAUUACCUAGAUGUAAAGUUUUACAUAAAAAUAUGAAGAGGUAUAAUUAUAAUAUGAUGUUUAGUCAGUUAUAUAUUUGCCCACUGGUUUAUUUAAUUUCAAAUUCGAAUUAAUUUUAAGUUUUAAAAAUUGUUCCUAAUAUGAAUAUGAUUAUAUAAAAAAGUGUUAACUUUAUUCCUAGAAUUGCUUACACAUUAAGAGCAAUAAUAAAUUAUUUUUGUUCUUUUUUAAUUUAAAUAUUUUAUUGUCCAAGACAACUUUAACAUUUAUUUAUAUAAAUUAUUUCUAAUGCGAUCACUAUUCUGACAAUCUUUCGAUGUUCAUGAUGGCUUCAUUGUCGACACCAGUUUAUUUGAAAGUUUAUUUUUUAUGUACAAAGUACAGUAAAACACGGUUAUAGCGAACACGCUUAUAAUGAAUUGACGCUUACAGAGAAGUGAAUUUCAUUCCCCAAGUCUCUAUUUCAUGUGUAAACUUGACGGAUAUAACGAAUUACGCUUAUAACGAAGUUAAAUUGCCCGUCUCUGGGACUUCGUUAUAAGCGUGUUUUACUGUAUUUUAAUAAUAUUCACACUGAUAGGUUUUCUUUUUCUGUUAUACUAGUAAUCUGAACAUGUUAUAUGCAAUGAUGAAAAGAAGUUUUCAUGAGAGUGUAAUUAAAUUUAAGUCACUCAUUCAUUUAAUUUUAACACGAUGCACGUAAUUAUAUAUUCUGAGUAGUGAUUAUAGUAUGUAUGAAGACAAAAAAAAAUUAAGAAUGUGAGAGAAUUUAUUCGUUGUUGAAUUAAUGUAAAUAGCCAAAGAACAACAUGCUAAUGAAAACUAAUACAACAAAUAUUGUUAUGAUAUCAAUUUGAUUAUGAUUUGUCAAAGAAAACUUUUAAAAAGGAUGAUCAAUAGUCCAAUCCACACUUUGCAGAAGUUGUUUCCCGUUGCGGGUUCAAACGGUCAAACCAAACUUUUUCCUUUUCUAUGCUAACAAAUAUUUGAGCCUCCUGUGAUGAAAUCUCUUUGAAUUUAAUGUAUUCUAUCGUUGUGUGGGUUGUCCCAUCUUGGGGCAAUCUAAAUACAAAACGGACAUGUAAGAAACGGAGAGAAAUCUAUGGGUUUUCCCACAAAGAUGGCGCCCAAGGGACAUUAUGAUAACUUUUUUAAAGUGUGGAUUGGUCUAUGGAAUCUUCCCUCGUCUUAUAACUGAUUUUGUUAAUUGAAUCCUCCAGAAAUAUGUUUUACUGUUUCUUACCUAAUAAGUUAACAGUUGUUCCUGUUGCAAAAGUGCGAUUAAUGAUUUAGGAUGCCAAAAGAGUGUCGAGUAGAAUUUUGUGUUAGAAGUGAAUGAAAAAAAAUCAUUUAAUGUGAAUUUACUUUAAAUGAUUAUUUUACUUCAAAAUAAAACUUGAAUUUAUGAAUAAUUUCUUACACAUUCUAAUAGUUUACAUUUUACACAAUAAAUGUAAAAAUGUG